AUGCUUCGCUUAAAUUACAAAAUUGGAAAAAAUGUCCUGACAUGUUCAGGAAUGGUAAAUAAUUGCAAAAUGUUUAGGCAAUAUGUUACCCAUACAAAUGAAAUGAUAAUUGGUAGGGUUAAUAGUCCCUUUAAAAAUAACUUAACUACAAUUGAUAAAAGUAGUACAUUUCACAAUAGUGGAAGUAGUAACAUGUGUGUACAUACAAAACUGAACAAUAAUUUUAAAAGGUUUUAUAAUCCGCGGGCACAUAUCAAUUGGACACUUAUUCGAUUUAGACAUAGGGUAUCACAGUUAAGAAAAAAAAAAUUAAAAUAUAAAAAUCACUCAAAGGUUGCUUUACGAUUUCGUUUAACAAAAUUUGGAUGGGAAAGAUUACAGUCAGGUAGAAAUGCAAGUAAAAAAAAUUUAUCAGCUAAAAAGUGUAAUGAAAAAAUGAAAAUAAAAUAUGUUUCAAGAGAUGACAUAAAAAAGUUCAAGUUCCAAAUGCAAAGUUAUGUAUUAAGAAUAAGAGAUUCACCCGUCGAUUAUAACCCUAACAUAAUGAGAGCUCGAAAGUAUUUUCCCACACAUUUUGGUUAG